AUGUCUUCGACUAAGAGUGAGGAUUCUUCCUGCCACAAAGGGAAAGACCCCAUUGUUGUGAAGUCUCCCUUUGAAAAGGAAGGGGAUGAGGAUGUCUCUCCCGCUGAAUCGGACCAUUCUGAGGGUGAGGAGACAGUUCAUGAUUCCAAUAGUGAGUGUCUCCCUCUUCUCGACCUAUGUGUAGACACCUCAUUUUGUACCAGGAAGUGUAGGUCCCCUAUAUGUUGGGAUAAUGUUGGAGAAAGAAGAUUGUUGGGUCCUAAGAUUGCACAGCAAACAAUAGAUAAAAUUCAAGUGAUUAAAGAGCGACUCCAAACAGCUCAGAGUAGGCAGAAGAGUUAUGCAUAUGUUAGAAGAAGGAAAUUAGAGUUCCAAGUGGGUGAUCAUGUGUUCUUGAGGAUUUCACCUACUAUAGGAGUUAUGAGAUUUGGUUUUCGAGGUAAGUUGAGCCCUCGUUUUGUAGGACCUUUUGAAGUCUUGGAGAAGAUGGGUAAAGUUGCUUAUAGGCUUGCCUUACCACCUUCUUUAUCAAGGGUACAUAAUGUUUUCCUUGUCUCAAUGUUGAGGAAAUAUAUUCCAGACCCCAGUCAUGUAGUAGAUUAUGAGCCUCUAAAAUUAAGAGAUGAUUUAACUUAUGAAGAGCAACCAGUUAAAAUUGUGGACAAGAAGGAGCAAGAGUUGAAGCGUCGUACCAUACGUUAUGUCAAGGUUCAAUGGAGGAACCAGUCUGUGAGAGAGGCUACAUGGGAGUUAGAAGAUGAAAUGAAGGAGAAAUACCCAUAUCUUUUUGAGGACUCAAGUAUGUCAAGUUUAGAGGACUAA